GCUGAGCCAGGCAGGGAAGCCAUUGCCUGUUUAAUAGUUGCUGUUGCAGCACUUCCGCUUCUCUCCCUGCGAGAGACACACGAGUGGCCAGGCCCAGCCGCACCGAGGAGGAGCAGCCAGACACAAAGGGAGAGGUUUGGGUGGAGCUAUAGUGGGGGGGAGCUAUGUCGGAUGACGAUUCAAGGGCUAGCACCAGCUCUUCUUCAUCUUCAUCCUCCAACCAACAGACUGAGAAAGAGACAAACACACCUAAGAAGAAAGAAAGUAAAGUCAGCAUGAGUAAAAAUUCCAAGCUCCUUUCCACCAGCGCAAAAAGAAUUCAAAAGGAAUUGGCUGACAUCACCUUAGAUCCACCUCCCAACUGCAGUGCUGGCCCAAAAGGUGAUAAUAUCUAUGAAUGGAGAUCAACAAUUUUAGGACCUCCAGGUUCAGUAUAUGAGGGUGGAGUUUUCUUCCUUGACAUUACAUUUACACCAGAAUAUCCCUUCAAGCCUCCAAAGGUUACCUUUCGAACAAGAAUCUAUCACUGCAACAUUAAUAGUCAAGGAGUGAUCUGUCUGGACAUAUUAAAGGACAACUGGAGUCCAGCAUUAACUAUUUCUAAAGUUCUUCUUUCAAUUUGCUCACUUCUCACAGAUUGCAAUCCUGCUGAUCCCCUUGUUGGAAGUAUUGCAACUCAGUAUAUGACUAACAGAGCAGAGCAUGACAGAAUGGCCAGACAGUGGACCAAGAGAUACGCGACAUAAACUGGAUUUUUAUCAAACCUUUCUGUUAAAUCAUCUGUGAUGGAAAGAGCUGCUUAUGAUUUUGAAGGGGUGGGACAGGGAAGGGGAGAAACUGAAAAAGAGUAGGGUAUUUCUAUAACAGAAUUUAUUCAGUCUUUUAUUUCCUGAGAUUUUGUUGUUGUUACUUAAGGUAUCUUGCUACAGUAGACAGUUAGAAUGGGAAUAGUAUAUUUUAAGACUGUCAUUAGUCUUAAAGCAAUAGUAGCUCUGCUAUAGCACCAAGAAGAAUGUAAACUAAGCUGAUAAUUGGAUGAGGUUUGGAAAGGAUGUUUGGUUGUGAUAAAAAAAUAAAACAGCUUAAUUUAUAAGUACAUAUAUUUGGCAUUUCUCUAAAAUUUCUUGUAAGAAGGCUUGCAACUUGAUUUUCUUUUAACUUGGUUUUAUUUGUAAAAAAAAAAUAUUGGGAAUAUUUUUCCCUAGGGGAGGUGGGAGAGUUUCAUAUUUAACACAUCUUUUUACAAGACUAUCCUUUCAUUAACUUCAAAUAUAGAGGUAAGGCUAGAUUGUUGUCUUCCCUAGCAUAGGGGUUCACGGAUUCAUUUUUCUAUGCCAAAUUACCUUUGUGAGAAUGAAGAUUUUAACUGAACUUGGAGAACCUGUAGUGAAAUACCUUAAGCUGUUUAAUUGUAAGGCGUGGAAUAGGAGUCACUCAGUGGAUUGGUUGUAUGUUGUAGGCUAUCUAAGUCUGCAUUUGUUACUGUGCUAAUAAAAAUAUGUACAAACCCC